CCUAUAAAAAUUAGAACCUUUUACAGUGCAUCCCUGUGUUUUGUUUAAUAUCUUUGUUUAGAAUUAAAUUGAUAAAAUUUUCAAUAGCAAAUGAAGUGAUUGAUUUCUGUAAAUUUAAUUUGCGUUCUGCUAAACAAAAAGGAAAUGGUUUUCCUGAAAACCUUAAUAUUAAUAACUAUAUGCUGCGGUACUUCAACUGCUUCCGAUGCACUGCCCGUCGUAUUAUGGCAUGGAAUGGGUGACACUUGCUGUUUUCCCUUCAGCAUGGGUUCCAUAAAGAAAUUAAUUCAAACGGAAACGAAUGGUGCAUAUGUGCGUUCACUGAAAAUCGGCGGUAAUAUUGCUCUCGACUAUGAAAGCGGUUUCUUCGUACACCCCGACGACCAAGUGCGUUAUGUUUGUGAUCAAUUGGCCAAAGAUGUAAAACUUUCAGGAGGCUACAAUGCUAUUGGCUUCUCUCAGGGCGGCCAAUUUAUGCGUGCGGUCGCUCAACGUUGUGCUACCCCACCUAUUAAAACAUUGAUUUCGAUAGGCGGACAACAUCAAGGAGUUUUUGGCUUGCCCAAAUGCCCCUCGCUAUCAAACAGAGCUUGCGAACACCUACGUAAGUUAUUGCAUCGUGCUGCUUAUAAGGAGUGGAUGCAGCGCGAACUAGUGCAAGCUACUUACUGGCAUGAUCCCUUAAGAGAAGAAGAAUAUCGGCAGAAGAGCUCAUUUCUUUCUAAUAUCAACAACGAGGUGUUUAUCAACCAAACCUAUAUUACCAACCUUAAUAAACUAGAAAAAUUUGUAAUGGUCAAGUUCUUGAAUGACUCAAUAGUUCAGCCUAAAGAGUCACAGUGGUUUGGCUUUUACGCACCUGGUCAAGAUAAAAGCAUCCGCCCACUAAUACAAAGCGGAGUUUACGAAGAUCUCGGGCUUAAACAAAUGGAUGAAAACGGCAAGUUGUUGUACCUAUCUGUAGAGGGUGAUCAUUUGCAAAUGACUAGCAAAUGGUUUAUCGAAAAUAUUAUACCACUUCUUACAAAAAACUAAAUAAAAGAUGUCUACAUCUCAACAUACUCAGCGUAUUCGAAUUUUCUCAAAAAGUUGUGUGAUAAAUAAGAACAAAGGACUAUGAUUAUUUUUAUUUGCCUAACGUGUAACUAAUAAUAUACUAAUAAAUCAUUUUGACG